CGAUUGUCUAUCAAGAAAAGUUUUUUUGAUCCUCUUUUUGCUUUUCCUGGGCAUAAAGCAGCCAUAGCCAUGCCUAGGAGAGUUGGAAAAGAAGUUGCACAACAAGUGGAAGUGGCUCCCGUGAGUCCAAGACAUUCUGAAGGUGAAAAUAGUCCGGAGCAUCUUCCACCUAUUUCUCCCUUGGCAAAUCGAUCAUAUGGCAAUCCCAUAUAUCACAAUGAUGAUGAGGAGAAAGUUGAUUCUGCUGAGUCAAGCAGUAAAAUAUCUCAAGAACUUCAGCAGAUAAGGAAGCUACAAGAAGAAGCCAAUCAGAACAUGGAGCGUAGUCUACAAAGCUUUCUACAAGCCCAACGAAAACAUUCAUAUCAUUUCACUCAAUGUUUGAAUGUUAUUGAAAGGGCCAUUCAUGACAAUUCUCGAGCUAUUCGAGAAGAUGUAGCAGAAAGUCGCAGAACCUUCACUGCAGCUUCUGAGAGAACCAUGGAACAUGUUCGACAGCAACAAAAUGUUCCAAGGCAACCCGUACCUCCAGCAAUGGAAUUACCACAGCAAAAUCUUCUAGAUCCUUUGCCCGAGGGGCAUGGGGGGCAUAUUAAUCAGCCACAUGUGGUGCAGCAAAUGCCCAAUGCUCAAAAUAAUGCUCUUGGUGCUGGCCAGGUGCAGUUCAAUAGGCAGCAGCAAAACAAUCCUGCUGGUAGCAUCCUUGGAUCACAAGAUCCUGUGGAAGCAGCAUUCCGUGCAGCUGAGCAGUUCAACGCCAAUCAACAAAGAUAUGUACCCCCUGCACGGCGUCCAAAUGUUGUCCCACAGCCCAAUUUGCAGAAUAAUGCGGCUGCAAAGUGUCUCCCGUAUGAAUCUGGGAGACAAUACACAUUUGAUGUGACUAAAGCAAAUGAAAUCUUUGAUUAUCUGAAAAAGUCAAGACAUAUUAAGCUGCCGCAAGGGCAUAGGAUCUCAACGGUUGCUGAAAUUGCAUCCAAAGAUUACUACAAGAUUGACAAAGGGCUGCUUCGUUUCCCUGAAAAACCCAAGAAAGCCAUGGGGGUUGAUGAGAAUCCUUUUCUGAACGUUGAAGUUGGAGUUAAUGUUGCUGACAUAAGGAGCAUCUCCCGAAGGACGUAUAGAGGGCGAACUUUGGCUGCAGAUGACCUUCGAUGGGUGAUUGAGAAGGAAAGGGAGCGUCAUGCCCAACAGAAUCAGAGGCUCGGGAGGCAACACCAUGCUGCCAGAAUCUAUGCAUCCAGAUCCAGGAUGAAGGAGGCUCGACAUACAGAUCACUCUCGUAUGGUUAAGCCUCCACAGCGACCUCCAAGUAAAAGAUGGGAGAAGGUCGUGCAUCCCAAGUUUCCAAAAGAACCUGGAAAGAUGGUGUGGAAGAGAAAAGAGAAUCAAAAGGUUACUGUCCAGAAUGAAUCUCAGCCAAAGGUGCCAUCUCCUAAGCUCACCUCAUUGAUCGUUAAUGAAAAUGAGUUGAAGGCAACCUUUGAAGCAGAUCAGCAAGCAGAGUUGACUAGCGAUAAUAAUCUUCUUGAGGACAUGGAUGUUCUGCAGAUCGGCAGCAUCUCUAUUAACCUUUCUUGUUUGGUUCUCACGCUUCCUUUGGUUUUUCAAGCCAAGGGCAGCGAGACUACCCAUGUUUCCAAUGGUAGCAUGCUUGUUGAGGAAGAAGUGAUAGAGGUUCCAGCCCAAGAAGAGGAAGAGGAGCACGAUAUCCUUUCAGAACAAAUUAUCUUUAACAAACCAGAUGAAAAUGUGGCUCGUCAUAUAAAGCCACUCUACAUUUCAGCUCACAUGGAUGGAGUUCCAGUGAAUCGAGUCCUUGUCGACAAUGGAGCAGCAGUCAAUGUCAUACCUUCUUUUAUGCUGAGGAAUUUGGGUAAAAAUUCUGAGGGCUUGGUUUAUACUGACGUAACCAUCAAUGAUUUCACAGGUGGUGUUAGCAAAUCAAAAGGAGUGCUACCGGUUGCACUUACUAUCGGCAACAAGACGUCAAUGAGUGCUUUCUUUGUUGUAGACUCUUCUGCAACUUAUAAUGCAUUACUGGGACGUGAUUGGAUUCAUUCGAGUUGGUGUGUUCCAUCUUCUCUCCAUCAAAGACUCAUUUUUUGGAAUGGAGGCAAAACUGAGGUGGUCUAUGCUGACAACAGACCAUUCUUAGCCAAUUCCAAUAUGGUGGAAGCACGGUACUAUGAUGAAGACGUAGGAACCAUCCGUUUCUUCGGCAUGGAUAGACAAGGAAGACCUUGUGGAAUCACUACUUGCAACAAGCCUACCUUGGCUAAGUAUGUGGUUGACGAGGUGGUACAUGAAGGUGAAGAGGAUACCCAUACCAACGGAAUCACAAUGGAGGAGUUAGAUUUGGCCCCUGCAAAGCUGGAUGACCUCAGGGCUGAUGUACAAGAUCCAUUGAAGGAAGUUAAUCUGGGAACGGAGGCAGAGCCAUGCAUUACUUUUGUCAGUGGCUUGCUGCCGCCAGAGAUGCGAGAUCAAAUAAUUUGUUUACUACAUGAAUUCAAAGACUGCUUUGCCUGGGAUUAUUCUGAGAUGCCAGAUUUUAAAUGGGAGAGGCAGCACCAAGCCGCUUUUGAUGCCAUCAAGGAAUACUUGUCUAAGCUACCUGUGUUGGUUCCUCCGGUUAAGAAUAAACCCUUAUUGCUGUAUAUAUCCGCCGCAGAUGAGUCAAUUGGCUGUCUGCUGGCGCAAGAGAAUAAUAAUAAACAAGAGCAAGCUGUUUAUUAUUUGAGUAGAGCUUUGAAUUCGACCAAAGUGAAAUAUUCUUCGGUUGAGAAAUUGUGUUUGGCUUUGUUCUUUGCAGCAAUAAAAUUGAGGCACUAUUUAUUGUAUUUGGGGGUGUUUGUUGUUUCAAAAACUGAUGUCAUAAAAUACAUGUUGUCGCGGCCACUCUUAAGAGGCCGCAUUGGUAAGUGGAUUCUUGCACUUACUGAAUUUAAUCUGAGAUAUUUUCCUCAAAAAGCCGUCAAAGGACAGGCUUUAGCAGACUUUUUAGCAGAUCAUCCUUGUUUAGAUGUUAACGCUGAUGAAGACAAGGGAAUCAAUCUCUUUUCAAUUGACUUGGUUCCUUGGAGGCUUAUUUUUUAUGGGUCUAGCACUGAUCAAGCCUCUGGGGCUGGAAUUAUUAUUGUUUCUCCAGAUGGCAUAAAAACCCAAUGGUGUUUUCAGUUGGAUUUUGAAUGCACCAAUAACCAAACAGAAUAUGAAGCUUUGGUAAUUGGCCUUGAGUUGUUGGUAGAAUUGAAGGUGCCAUCGGUUGAAAUUGUGGGUGAUUCUCAAUUAGUUCUCAAGCAAUUGAGUGGCGAAUACAAGUGUACAAGCGUGGUUUUGUCUCCAUAUUUUGCCAUUGCCAUCCAACUAUUGGAGGAAUUUGAUGAUGUCUCCCUGAAGCAUAUUCCUCGCAACAUGAAUAUUGAAGCAAAUGAACUUGCACAGAUUGCUUCAGGUGUAAAAAUGCCUGAAGGCAUCUUGGAGAAAGUCAUCGUCAUUGAAAAACGUAUGCUGCCUUCAAUUCAUCAAAGAGGAAUAACGGUGGAAGCAUGCUCACUAGAUGUCACACCUACAGACUGGAGGCAUCCAAUAAUAGAACAUUUCAGGAAUCCCAGUUCUAAAACAUCAAGGAGAACAAGGAUGCAAGCUUUAAACUAUGUGCUACUCAGGGAUGUUCUGUAUCGUAGGGGGCAGGAUGAAUUAUUGUUGCGCUGCCUCGGUCUUGAUGAAAGUUGCCAUGUGAUGUCAGAUGUUCAUAAUGGUAUUUGCGGUGCUCAUCAGGCAGGGAUUAAGAUGAGAUGGAUAAUUCGAAGGCAUGCUUCUGAGUUACAUCCUAUUGUCAAGCCAUGGCCUUUUCGUGGCUGGGCAAUUGAUUUGAUUGGGAAAAUUUAUCCACCUUCUUCUAAAGGUCAUUCUUUCAUAAUAGUUGCUACAGACUACUUUACUAAGUGGGUGGAGGUAAGGCCUAUGAAGAAGGUUGAUCAAGGAGAUGUCAUCAAGUUCAUAAAAGAGGAUCUGAUCCACAGGUUUGGUCUUCCAGAAACUAUUACUUCUGAUCAAGGUACUGUUUUUGUUGGAUCUCAAGUAGAGGCCUUUGCAAAAGACAUGGGAUUUCAUUUGCUUAAUUCAACUCCGCAUUAUGCACAAGCAAAUGGUCAAGCAGAGGCAUCUAAUAAGAUUAACAUCAACAUCCUGGAGAAAAUGGUUGAUGAUAAUCCCAGGAGAUGGCAUGAGCUUCUUUCAGAUACUCUCUCGGCAUACAGAACCUCACAACGGAGUUCAACUAAGGUGACCCCAUUUUCGCUUACUUAUGGUCAUGAUGCUGUUUUGCCUAUGAAAUUAACGGCAAGGUCUUUGCGGAUUGCAAUUCAAAAUGGCUUGAAUUCUGGGGAAUACAAUGAGGCCAUGAUCAUGGAGUUGGAAAACCUUGAGGAAGCAAGACUGACAGGAUUGGAUGUGAUGAAGGCCCAGAAGCUUAAAGUGGCACGAGCUUACAAUAAAAGGGUCAAGCAAAAGAAUUUAGCCAAAGGAAGCUUGGUUUGGAAGGCUGUGCUGCCACUUGGCAAGAAGGAUCCUAGAUAUGGUAAGUGGUCCCCUAAUUGGGAAGGACCAUUCCAAAUUCAUAAAGUUCUUAAAGGGGGUGCUUUUUGGUUAAAAUCUUUGAAUGGGGAGUUGCAUCCGCGCAAGAUCAAUGGCAUCUACUUGAAACCAUAUCAUCCGACUGUGUGGGAGGCAAGGGAUAAUUCUGCUUCCACGUCUGCAUGAUCCAGGUUUGCAGACAUUCGUAUAUUAUUUGAUUCAAGUUGUUUUUCUUUCAAUAAGGACACGUAGAGUUUUGGCUUGAACCAUGGAAGCAUACAUAAGACUUGGUGCUGCCAAGGAAGCAUGGCAUGUUCUUACAUUUGUGUUUUAGAGCGAUUUUGUUUGCAAAGCCGUGGGCAGCAUGAAUAAAGCAAGCGAAUAAAUUCAUGUUUAUCAU